GGGAGCGGCGGGUCGCGCCGCCGGCUGUCAGCGAGCUCCGCGCCACCGCCCGAUGGCGCGAGGAGGUGCGCGGGACCAGCCGAGAGGGGCCGGCCGCGACUGAGCCCCUCUGCCUGUCUCCCGCGAGCAUGUCACCUCCAGCCUCCGCGUCAGCCUUCGCCAGCAGCCCCCGCGUCCCCGCCUCCUGCAGCCGCAGUAGCAGCCGCUGCCUUGGGCAUCGGCCCCCGGACCCCCUCCCCUGAUCCGCGCCCCGACCCUAGCGCCAGGAGACCAUGGCUGGCCAGGGGGACUGCUGCGUCAAGGUGGCCGUCAGGAUCCGGCCCCAGCUGUCGAAGGAGAAGAUUGAGGGCUGUCACAUCUGUACCUCUGUCACCCCGGGGGAGCCCCAAGUCCUGCUGGGGAAGGAUAAGGCCUUCACCUAUGACUUUGUCUUCGACUUGGACACAUGGCAGGAACAGAUCUAUACAACCUGUGUGAGCAAGCUCAUUGAGGGCUGCUUCGAGGGCUACAAUGCCACAGUGCUGGCCUACGGGCAGACAGGGGCUGGGAAAACGUACACUAUGGGUACUGGCUUUGACAUGGCGACAUCGGAGGAGGAGCAAGGCAUCAUUCCAAGAGCCAUCGCACACCUCUUCAGGGGCAUUGCUGAGCGCAAGCGGCGGGCACAGGAGCAGGGUGUAGCUGGGCCUGAGUUCAAAGUCAGCGCUCAGUUCUUGGAGCUCUACAACGAGGAGAUCCUUGACCUGUUUGAUAGCACGCGUGACACUGACGCUCGACACCGCAGGUCCAACAUCAAGAUCCACGAAGAUCCCAACGGUGGCAUCUAUACCACGGGCGUCACUUCUCGUCUCAUCAACUCCCAGGAGGAGCUGAUCCAGUGCCUGAAGCAGGGCGCCCUGUCACGCACCACGGCCAGCACCCAGAUGAACGUGCAGAGCUCCCGCUCCCACGCCAUCUUCACCAUCCACCUGUGCCAGAUGCGUGUGUGUGCCCAGCCCGACCUGGGGCAUGAGGCGGUGACCGGCCUUCCAGAGGGUGCAGCUCCUCCGAGCGAAUAUGAGACUCUCACGGCCAAGUUUCACUUUGUGGACCUGGCUGGCUCAGAGCGCUUGAAGCGGACAGGGGCCACCGGCGAGCGGGCCAAGGAGGGCAUCUCCAUCAACUGUGGCCUGCUGGCCUUGGGCAAUGUCAUCAGCGCCCUGGGGGACCAGAGCAAGAAGGUGGUGCACGUGCCCUACAGGGACUCCAAGCUCACUCGGCUCCUCCAGGACUCACUGGGGGGCAACAGCCAGACCAUCAUGAUUGCCUGCGUGAGCCCCUCGGAUCGGGACUUCAUGGAGACACUCAACACGCUCAAAUAUGCCAAUCGGGCUCGCAACAUCAAGAACAAGGUAGUGGUGAACCAGGACAAGACCAGCCAACAGAUCAGUGCGCUGCGGGCCGAGAUCGCGCGCCUGCAAAUGGAGCUGAUGGAGUACAAGGCGGGCAAGCGGGUGAUCGGAGAGGAUGGCACCGAGGGCUACAGCGACCUGUACCGAGAGAAUGCCAUGCUGCAGAAGGAGAACGGGGCACUGCGGCUGCGGGUGAAGGCCAUGCAGGAGGCCAUCGAUGCCAUCAACAACCGCGUCACCCAUCUCAUGAGCCAGGAAGCCAACCUGCUUCUGGCCAAGGCUGGUGAUGGCAAUGAGGCCAUCGGGGCUCUGAUCCAGAACUACAUCCGGGAGAUCGAGGAGCUGCGGACGAAGCUCCUGGAGAGCGAAGCCAUGAACGAGUCCCUCCGGCGGAGCUUGUCCCGGGCCUCGGCUCGGAGCCCCUACUCCCUGGGAGCAUCUCCAGCCGGCCCAGCCUUUGGGGGCAGCCCGGCCAACUCCAUGGAGGAUGCUUCUGAGGUGAUCCGCAGGGCCAGGCAGGACCUGGAGCGGCUAAAGAAGAAGGAGGUCAGGCAGCGCAGGAAGAGCAGCCCAGAGAAGGAAGCCUUCAAAAAGAGGGCCAAACUCCAACAGGAAACCAGUGAGGAGACUGAUGAGAAUGAGGCUGAGGAGGAGGAGGAGGAGCGAGACGAGAGUGGCUGCGAGGAGGAGGAAGGGCGUGAGGAUGAAGACGAGGACUCAGGCAGUGAGGAGAGCCUGGGAGACUCAGACUCCGACCCGGACGAGAAGGAGGUGAACUUCCAGGCGGACCUGGCUGACCUGACGUGCGAGAUUGAGAUCAAGCAAAAGCUGAUUGAUGAACUGGAGAACAGCCAGCGGCGGCUGCAGACGCUCAAGCACCAGUACGAGGAGAAGCUGAUCCUGCUGCAGAACAAGAUCCGCGACACGCAGCUGGAGCGCGACCGUGUGCUGCAGAACCUCAGCACCAUGGAGUGCUACACAGAGGAGAAGGCCAACAAGAUCAAGGCGGAUUAUGAGAAGAGGCUGCGGGAGAUGAACCGGGACUUGCAGAAGCUACAGGCUGCACAGAAGGAACACGCCCGGCUGCUCAAGAACCAGUCACGCUAUGAGAGGGAGCUGAAGAAGCUGCAGGCUGAGGUGGCUGAGAUGAAGAAGGCCAAGGUGGCCCUGAUGAAGCAGAUGCGGGAGGAGCAGCAGCGGCGUCGGCUGGUGGAGACCAAGAGGAACCGAGAGAUCGCUCAGCUCAAGAAGGAGCAGCGGCGACAGGAGUUUCAGAUCCGGGCCCUGGAGUCCCAGAAACGGCAGCAAGAGAUUGUCCUGAGGAGGAAAACCCAAGAGGUGUCUGCACUGAGGCGCCUGGCCAAGCCCAUGUCUGAGCGGGUGGCAGGGCGUGCAGGACUGAAGCCGCCUAUGCUGGAUUCGGGGGCUGAGGUGUCGGCCAGCACCACCUCGUCUGAGGCCGAGUCAGGGGCCCGCUCCGUCUCCAGCAUUGUGCGCCAGUGGAACCGCAAAAUCAACCACUUCCUGGGGGACCACCCAGCCAACACAGUCAAUGGCACCCGCCCGGCCAGAAGGAAGUUCCAGAAGAAGGGGGCCAGCCAGAGCUUCAGCAAGGCGGCACGGCUCAAGUGGCAGUCCCUGGAGAGGAGGAUCGUCGACAUCGUCAUGCAGAGGAUGACCAUCGUCAACCUGGAGGCCGACAUGGAGCGGCUCAUCAAGAAAAGGGAGGAGCUGUUCCUCCUGCAGGAGGCGCUGAGGAGGAAGCGUGAGCAGCUGCAGGCUGAGAGCCCAGAGGAAGAGAAGGGGCUGCAGGAGCUGGCAGAGGAGAUGGAGGUGCUGACGGCCAACAUCGACUACAUCAAUGACAGCAUCACUGACUGCCAGGCCACCAUUGUGCAGCUGGAGGAGACCAAGGAGGAGCUGGACUCCACAGACACGUCGGUGGUCAUCAGCUCCUGCUCCCUGGCCGAAGCCCGCCUCCUGCUGGACAACUUCCUCAAGGCAUCCAUCGACAAGGGGCUGCAGGUAGCCCAGAAGGAGGCCCAGAUCCGGCUACUGGAGGGACGACUGAGGCAGACAGACAUGGCGGGCUCCUCCCAGAACCACCUGCUCCUGGAUGCCCUGCGGGAGAAAGCGGAGGCGCACCCCGAGCUGCAGGCCCUCAUCUACAAUGUGCAGCAGGAGAAUGGCUAUGCCAGCACUGAUGAGGAGGUCUCGGAGUUCUCUGAGGGCAGCUUCUCCCAGUCAUUCACCAUGAAAGGCUCCACCAGCCACGAUGACUUCAAGUUCAAGGGGGAGCCCAAACUGUCUGCCCAAAUGAAGGCUGUGUCAGCUGAGUGCCUGGGACCCCCACUGGACGUCUCCACCAAGAACAUCACCAAGUCCCUGGCCUCCCUCGUGGAGAUCAAAGAAGAUGGAGUGGGCUUCUCCAUACGAGAUCCUUACUACCGGGACAAGGUCUCUCGCACCAUCAGCCUGCCCACCCGGGGCAGCACUUUCCCCCGGCAGUCUCGAGGCUCAGAGACAUCCCCUCUGACCCGGAGGAAGUCAUAUGACCGAGGGCAGCCCAUCAGGUCCACAGACGUGGGAUUCACACCUCCAUCAUCCCCUCCCACCCGGCCUCGGAACGACCGCAAUGUCUUCUCUCGCCUUACCAGUAAUCAGAGCCAGGGCUCGGCGCUGGACAAGUCUGAUGACAGCGACUCCUCUUUGUCGGAGGUCCUGAGGGGCAUCAUCACCCCAGUUGGAGGAGCGAAGGGUGCGCGCACAGCCCCACUGCAGUGUGUCUCCAUGGCCGAGGGCCACACCAAGCCCAUCCUUUGCCUGGAUGCCACGGACGAGUUGCUUUUCACAGGGUCCAAAGACCGCAGCUGUAAGAUGUGGAACUUGGUCACGGGCCAGGAGAUCGCAGCUCUCAAGGGCCACCCCAACAAUGUGGUCUCCAUCAAGUACUGCACCCACUCGGGGCUUGUGUUCUCCGUGUCCACCUCCUACAUCAAGGUGUGGGACAUCCGGGACUCGGCCAAGUGCAUUCGGACCCUCACGUCCUCGGGCCAGGUGAUCUCAGGCGACGCUUGUGCUGCCACAUCCACACGUGCCAUCACCAGUGCCCAGGGCGAGCACCAGAUCAACCAGAUGGCCCUCAGCCCUUCGGGUACCAUGCUGUACGUUGCCGCAGGCAAUGCCGUCCGCAUCUGGGAGCUGAGCAGGUUCCAGCCUGUUGGCAAGCUGACUGGUCACAUUGGCCCCGUGAUGUGCCUGACGGUCACCCAGACUGCCAACCAGCAUGACCUUGUGGUGACUGGCUCCAAGGACCACUACGUCAAGAUGUUCCAGCUGGGGGAGUGUGUGACAGGCACCAUCGGUCCCACCCACAACUUCGAGCCCCCGCACUACGAUGGCAUUGAGUGCCUGGCCAUCCAGGGAGACAUCCUGUUCAGUGGCUCCCGGGACAACGGCAUCAAAAAAUGGGACCUGGAGCAGCAGGAGCUCGUCCAGCAAAUCCCCAAUGCACACAAGGACUGGGUGUGUGCCCUGGCCUUCGUCCCGGGCCGCCCCAUGCUGCUGAGCGCCUGCCGCGCGGGCGUCAUCAAGGUCUGGAAUGUGGACAACUUCACACCCCUCGGGGAGAUCAAGGGCCACGACAGCCCCAUCAAUGCCAUCUGCACCAACUCCAAGUACAUCUUCACAGCCUCCAGUGACUGCCGGGUAAAGGUGUGGAAUUACGUCCCUGGACUCACCCCCUGCCUUCCUCGCCGAGUCCUGGCCAUAAAGGGCCGCGCCACCACCCUGCCCUGACCCGCCCCACUGUUCCCCAUCUCCUCUCUCGUUCUUCCCCCCUUUCCUUUUCCCUAUCUUUCCCCACUUCGAUCUGAGCUGCUUCUUGACGUGACCUGACGGUGAAGUUUUGGAGCGCACGGCGGUUACCGGAGGCCCACCCUCGGAGUUAGGUCAGAGGGGUCCCGGACCCUCCGGCCCGGCAGCCUGCACGGCAUGGAACGGAACCUGUGGCCAUCGGAUGGGCAGCUGCACGGGGGCAGAGGGUGUGGCCCCUCUCCUGCUCCGCCCCCUCUCCUCGGACUUCCUACAGUGUACUGCCCUCCCUGCCCCUCCCUGCCUCUUGGGAGCCUCCUGGUGAGAGAGAGGUCGGGGAGGAGUUAAGCUGUGAAGCCAAAGGCCUGAUCCCCUCUUCUCUCUCCCCAGCCACUCCCUGGCCUCCCCCGCAGCUGGCCACGGUGUUUCUGCUGAGCCAGCUGCCCUGUCCUCCUCACUAUUGUCCCAGGCUGGGACCCAUAGGAAGCUAAAGUAGCCCCAGCUCCAUGGUGCCCCUCUGAUGAGCUGGCCUCCCCCGUAUCUCCACCCCAACUUCUGGAGCCAUUGCCCCUGCCUCUGACCCAACAAGGUAGUCCUCAGGUAACCAUGGAGACCAGGUGUAGGCAGCUGACCCCAAGCCCUGUGUCCACCAACAGCUAAUUCCAAUGGGUCCCAGCCAUUGCUGGGCAGCCCUUUCUGAUGGGGCCAUGCAGGAGCUACUAGAAAGACCCCCUUGGCGAGAUGGUCAGGAAUUCUUCAGUUAUUUAUUAUUUUUAUUUUUUCCUGUUGCCUCCUGGAAACUGACUUGAAGUUUCUUCCCACAGAUUCUGUCCCUCAGCUCUUAGGGGGUCUGCCCCCGUGGUACUUGGGGACCACCUCCUCUGUCUGCUUUGCUCUGCAGAGGAGGGAAAUACCCCCUUCCACACUUUGCAGCUCCAGCCUAGCCCUGACUCUCCCCCCGGGGACCCUUCUAGUGCACCCCGGCCAAGAAGGCUGCCUACUGCUUCAGUGCCUUCCUCAGCCCAGGCCUGGCCCCUGCUGGGCAGCCUUACACCAGCUAUGCCUGCGGUGCCACCUGUGUCUUCUCAUGGGGUCUCAUGCCCUCUGCCCCUGGAAGAUGGGGGAGCUCCCCACAGCCCAGUGCCAGGGAGCCCCAUUCCCCAGAGUCUAGUGGUCACGUAGAAAGCAGCUUGGUGGACUGUCUGCUCGGCAGCAGCUUGGGUCAGCCAUGUUUUCAUCCUCAACUGGGAUAGGGAAUCUCUUCAGCUUUUUUCUCAUGGUUAUUCGGGAGAUACAUUUUCAAGCCUUAAACCCAGCAUAGUGCAUAGUGCGCAGCCCUUCCCUUUAGAGUAGUGGUGAGGAGGCAGUUGUCAGUUCAUGGACCCUCCUUUCCCUAGGGCUAUGGCAUCACAGCUCCAAGCAUGGGGCUGAAUUAGUGUUCGGGCUCCCCCUGUUGGAACAACUCUGAAUUUACAGGAAUGGGUCUCGGGAGGGGCCCCUCCAUCCCUCACCCCAGGCUUACCCCCAAGCCUGUCCACACUGUUUUUCCACACUGGUCUUGUGCUUCUCAGCUUCAGUCUGGAAGCCAGGAAUCCCCACUGUGUUCAGAGGACAUGGUGACUUUCAGACUUUCCGGCAGUGGCAUUGUCUCUGCCCUCAGCUCCUCUGUGUGUGGCCCGGGCCCUGGGAGCCUCUCCUGGCAUGGGAAGGUCAGGCCCCAGAGAAGGCUGUGUGGGGCCCGUUCCCUCCUUGGAGCUACCUUGGAGGCUGAAGAGGCCGUCCUGCCUGUGUAUGGCCCCUGCUGGUGGUGACGUGAGGUCUGGUGAGCCAAUGUUGGGACCACCCACCUUGAAUGCUGGUCUUCUGGAACAUUCCGGGAUGGUCUGUGUGAGCUGACUGCAAAACCUUCUUUCUCUGCCCACCCACGGGUUGCUGGGCAACUCCCUUAGUGCACGGGUGACCACCAGGCUCCUUUCCCGACUCAUCCAGCCCUCCUCACCUGAACGGAAAGCUUUUUCCUUGCACCCUGUAAGAAUGACCCCAUCUGCAUGACUGUUUACAAACUACAGAAACACAUGAGACUUGUGUCACCCCACCCCAUGGGCUGGGCGUGCCCCCCGCCUGGGGUGACUCUACUGUAGCUCCAAGGCCUGUUCUUGCACAAAGUGUGGUCUUAGAGGUGCUCACCGUCGUUGCCCACGGUCUGCCCACGGUCUGCCCACGGUCUGCUGUCUCUGAUGGGUCACUACCUCACGGGAGGGCCGGCUCCCCUGUCCCGGCGAGUAUCAUUGACUUGAAACUUGAAGUUCUCGCGGAUCCCUGAGCCUGUCAUCUCGAGCUGCUCUAAGCUGUGUGGCACGAGCACUGGGGUCUCUGCCCCCUCCUUCGGGAACAUCCAAGGUACAAAGGUUAGGGCAGGCCCCAGCUCCACUUCUCGCACAAGCAUCCUGCGUGUUAGAAGCACAAACCAGCUGUGAUCUGAGCACAAUGGCAGGGCUCUCAGCAGGCAACAUGGGCAGAGUGGGACCCAGGAGGCUCCUCAAAGGUUGGCCAGGUCCCAAGUUAGACAAGGCUGCCAUGUUUGGGGGUAGGCAGCUACCCUUGCGCAGAACAAGUCUGGGCCGAAUUCGGGGGCUCUUCGUGUUACAUUGUGUCCCCAUCCUGAGACUUGAGGCCCAGGUCACGACUGUAUGCCAUGGGCCCCUGGAGCAGAGCACACCCUAGAGCACGCUCCCCAGUCUUUCAGUGCCUGAACGCAGGCUGAUUGAUGCCAGCCCCCGAGCCUGGAGAGUGUGGACUCAGACUGUCUCCUGAGCCAGGCCCUGACGCUGCUUUAGAAGCUGACUGGCUUCCACUGCCCUUGGGCUUCUCAGCACAGUCCUACCCUAGGGCUUCCUUCUCAGUAUUAGCCAGUUCAGUGUUUGCUUUCAAUCCAGUGACUUGACUCCUCCAGGGCAGCCGGAAUCCUCUGAGGCCACACCUGGAGCCACCCUUGGAGAGUGCUGAGGGGGAGGGGAGGGAAGAGACAAAGGCGCACAGCCAAGCCUUGAGGCGGUCAGGUUGCCACCACUAGGCAGGCAGCUGUGGAGAUGGGAGUGGCCUCCCACCCACCCUCGGCCCAGCUGAGGCCUUGGAAAUGCUCCUUGCCUUCCCUCGUCCAGCCCUUCUGCCCGCCUAGGGCUAUGUGGCUUGGCCACAGGGCAGUUUAAAGCACAAAACCACUGCGGUGAAGAUACUACGUCGCCUGGACUUUCAUGUGCCGCCUAACGUGGUGGAGACUGGGCAGCUGCUGUGAAGCCAGGAGACAUAAUGUCCCUUUGCCCUGCCUUCUCUCAACUCUUAGAGGCCACCGCCACUGGAGUCUGGGCGGGGCACAGGCACACCCCCUGGUUGUUCAGACCCUGCCCGGGCCUGGUAUGUUUGUGGGCAGGGCCUGCCUGGCAGGAGCAGUGGAUUCCUUUCCAUUGCAAAGCCCCAACUUGUGGCAUUGCCCCUUUGCCAUCUCAAACAGGAAAUUGCUCACUGCUUUCUUUGCUGGGCACAGACUCCUCCUGCUUGAUGGCCAGUGCCCCUACAGCCCUCCUGAGCCUGCCCUCCCUCCCCAGCUCCCGGAUCUUCAUGCCCUGGAGAGCAUAAUCUGCAGGGAAAGUUGUUUCUCCCUGGCAUCUGUGUUCUGUCCUCUAUGCCCACCCUCCUCUACCUCCAGCACUCAGAUGAGCCCCCGCCCCUACCACACCCCGGUUCAGGACUUCAGAUGUGUUUCCCAAGGCCCUUGCCAAGAUGUAGGGAGUAGAGACUACUUGAUGAAGAGCAGACGGUCAGAGGAGACCCCAGAAGGGACGGGGCCCUGCCUGCCCACCAGCUCUUUUCUAGCCAUCACCCCUGCUCAGGCUCAUGUGCCCCUCUGAGAUGUGGCUAGCACAAGGUGUAUAUAAGUUUUGUACCUCUACUGAUGACUGUACAUAGUGUAUGAAAGUUAUUUAAGGCUCUUGCUGUACAUUUCUGUUCCCAGAUUGAAUGUGUGUGUUCUAAGAAGCUGUCAUAAAUAAAACCUGAAUGACUGUUCUCUGUAGAGUGACAGCCCCUUUAGGCUGCUGAA